AUGGUUAGAAGUGGAAGAGACAGGGAUCGAGAUCGUCGGCGGUCACAUAGCCGAUCUGCCACUCCAGAGCGUAAGCGUCGACGAUCUCGUUCAAGAAGUAGAGAUCGUAACUCGAAGUCUUCGAAGAGGAAGCGCAGCCGUAGUAGAGAAAGAGAGUCAAAACGAGACCGUAGUAGAGACCGAUCCGAUAGGGAUAGGGAUCGUAAAAGUGAUAAAAGGGAUGAUAAACGAAAUGGUUCUAGUAGCAAAUCUAGGAAGAAAUCGCCUGAUAGGGACAAAGAUCGAGAAAGAUCUAAAUCUAAGGAGAAGACUGUUAAAUCAGAAUCUGGAGAAUAUAACCCUGGGACUGUUGAUAAGGAAGAAGAGCAAAGUCGUUUGGAGGCCGAAAUGCAGAAACGGCGUGAUCGCAUUGAAAGAUGGAGGGCAGAGCGCAAACGUAAAGAAUUAGAAUCUGCAAAGAAAGAGGUACAAAAAGGCAGUAUUGUCACUAAUAUCCAAGUGCCAGCUGCUAAAAAAUGGUCUUUAGAAGAUGAUUCCGGAGAUGAAGGUGAAGAAGGUGAAUCAAAAGAAAAGCAAGCCAUUGAAGAGAAAAAGGUAGAGGAAGAUGAAAUAGACCCUCUAGAUGCAUAUAUGCAAGAAGUUCAGCAAGAAGUUCGUAAGGUAAAUCAAAUGGACCAAAAUAGAGGUAUAAUUAGUGUACCAACAACCGGUGGUACUGGUGUUAUGAUCCUGACAGGAACUGCCAAGAAAAAGGUUACAGAACAAAAAAAUAAAGGUGAACUAAUUGAACAGAAUCAAGAUGGUCUGGAAUAUUCUUCUGAGGAAGAGACGGAAGAUAUUAAAGAUGCUGCUGCAAAUCUAGCUUCAAAACAAAGAAAGGAAUUAGCUAAAGUGGACCAUUCUAGCUUAGAUUAUAUGUCAUUUAGAAAAGCUUUUUAUACUGAAGUAAGUGAAUUAGCUAGAAUGACUCCUGAAGAAGUAGAAGCUUAUAGAACAGAAUUAGAGGGCAUCAGAGUGAAAGGAAAAGGGUGUCCUAAACCAAUCAGAACUUGGGCUCAUUGUGGUAUCAGUAAAAAGGAGAUGGAUAUUUUGAAGAAAUUGGGCUUUGAAAAACCCACGCCCAUUCAAGCUCAGGCCAUUCCAGCUAUUAUGUCAGGAAGAGAUCUAAUAGGUAUUGCAAAGACUGGUUCUGGAAAAACUUUAGCUUUUAUUCUCCCGAUGUUCCGGCAUGUUCUGGACCAACCCCCAUUAGAAGACACAGAUGGACCAAUAUCACUAAUAAUGACCCCUACACGAGAACUAUGCAUGCAAAUAGGAAAAGAUAUCAAGAAAUUUGCUAAAUCUUUGGGCCUAAGAGUGGUUUGUGUGUAUGGUGGCACAGGAAUUUCUGAACAGAUAGCAGAGCUGAAGCGCGGCGCGGAGAUGAUAGUGUGCACGCCGGGGCGCAUGAUCGACAUGCUGGCGGCCAACUCGGGCCGCGUCACCAACCUGCGCCGCGUCACCUACAUCGUGCUGGACGAGGCCGACCGCAUGUUCGACAUGGGCUUUGAGCCGCAGGUGAUGAAGAUAAUAGACAACGUGCGUCCGGACCGGCAGACGGUCAUGUUCAGUGCGACCUUCCCCCGCCAGAUGGAGGCUCUGGCUCGACGCAUCCUGCAGAAACCUAUCGAAGUUCAGGUGGGUGGUCGCAGUGUUGUGUGUAAGGAGGUGGAACAACACGUCGCGAUAUUAGAAGAGGAGGCCAAAUUCUUCAAACUUCUAGAAAUACUAGGAUUGUACAGUCAAAUGGGCAGUAUCAUAGUGUUUGUGGAUAAACAAGAGAAUGCCGAUAGCCUGUUGAAGGAUUUAAUGAAGGCCUCCUAUCCCUGUAUGAGUUUGCAUGGGGGUAUUGAUCAAUUCGACAGGGACUCGACCAUCGUGGACUUCAAGUCUGGUAAGGUGAAACUCCUCGUGGCCACCAGCGUGGCGGCCAGAGGCCUCGAUGUCAAGCAACUGGUGCUGGUCGUCAACUAUGACUGCCCCAACCAUUAUGAGGAUUAUGUUCAUAGAUGCGGUAGAACAGGCCGCGCCGGCAACAAGGGGUACGCGUGGACGUUCCUGACGCCGGAGCAGGGGCGCUACGCGGGCGACGUGCUGCGCGCCUUCGAGCUGGCCGCCGCGCCGCCGCCGCCCGAGCUGCGCCAGCUGUGGGACACGUACAAGGAGGCGCAGGAGAAAGAGGGCAAGAAGGUGCACUCCGGCGGCGGGUUUAGUGGCAAAGGAUAUAAAUUCGACGAAUCAGAAGCUCAAGCGGCAACGGAGAGGAAGAAAUAUCAGAAGGCAGCCCUCGGUCUGCAAGACUCGGAUGACGAGGAUGUUGAAGGCGACCUCGACCAACAGAUAGAAACUAUGCUCGCUGCUAAGAAAAUUGUUAAGGAGAUUAAGCCGGGCGUGGCCACAGCAGCCCCGCCCGCGGCGGCCGCCAGCGGCGCGGACGGCAAGCUGGAACUUGCUAGAAGGUUGGCGUCGAGGAUCAACCUGGCCAAGGGCUUGGGAGUGGAACAGAAGGGCGCGACGCAGCAGGCGGCCGAGGCGAUACUGAAGGGAGCGCCAUCUGCACAUACACUUAUAACUGCAAAGACAGUAGCAGAACAGCUCGCAGCAAAACUGAACACGCGUCUAAACUAUCAGCCGCGGGACGAGAGCAACGCGGAGCCGGCCGAGGAAGUGUUCAGGAAGUACGAGACCGAGUUGGAGAUAAACGAUUUCCCGCAACAGGCGCGUUGGCGAGUUACUAGCAAGGAGGCGCUAGCGUUGAUCAGUGAGUAUUCUGAAGCGGGUAUAACAGUUAGGGGUACUUACGUGCCCCCGGGCAAAGCACCGCCGGAGGGCGAAAGGAAACUAUACCUAGCUAUAGAAAGUUCGCAGGAAUUAGCUGUCGCUAAAGCAAAAUCGGAAAUAACGCGUCUCAUUAAAGAAGAACUCCUGAAACUGCAAACGUCGGCGCAUCACAUGAUAAACAAAGCUAGAUAUAAGGUUCUU